UUAUGGAUGGCAACAUUCCCAAGGGUCCUAGAUAAUCUCGGGGUGUUCCUCUGUGCGGAGAGAAAGAGAGAGAAAGACAGGCAAAGUUUGGAUACACUGAAGCUGCGUACACAGAUAAACUAGUCAGAGACCCUGUGAGGAACAGGUGCUGCACCACUCAACGAGAAGUAGAGGGUAAAGAUGAAGCAGUAUGUGGUCGCCAGGCCACUCUACUCAGAGGACGCCUUCGCAGACGAACAUGAGAAGAUCCACAGGCACCAUAAGACCCUGCGGCACCACGUCAAGCAGUAUUUCACUUGUGACCUCAAGCGCGCUAAGAACGCAGCGCUCUCUCUGCUGCCUUUCAUUGGUUGGAUGAGAAUCUACCAGCUGAAAGAAUGGUUGCUGAGUGAUAUUGUAUCUGGGGUCAGCACUGGACUGGUAGCUGUUCUACAAGGUCUGGCAUAUUCCCUGCUGGCCUCCCUCCCUCCAUGGUACGGACUCUUCACUGCCUUCUUCCCAGUGAUCAUCUACUUCUUCCUUGGCACUUCCAGACAUAUCUCAGUAGGAGCGUUCCCUGUGCUGAGCCUCAUGGUGGGUGCAGUGGUGACGAGGCUUGUGCCUGACGAAGGCCCCCCAAUCAACAUCACUGGGUUUGAGGGGCUGACCAGCGACGAGCAGAGAGUAAUGGUGGCCGCCUCUGUCACCUUCCUCAUGGGGAUAAUGCAGCUGGCCAUGGGUCUGCUGCAGGUAGGCUUCAUCGUCAUGUACCUGUCAGACACGCUGGUGUCUGGGUUCACCACCGCGGCUGCCAUCCACAUCCUGGUGUCCCAGCUGAAGUUCGUGUUGGGCCUGGUGGUGCCGGGACUCAGUGGACCCCUGUCCAUCAUUUAUACCCUGGAGAAGAUCUUUGUCCAGAUCGAGAAGACCAAUGUGUGUGACCUGGUGACGUCCAUACUGAUCAUGGUGGUGGUGUUCAUAGUGAAGGAGAUCAACGAUAGAUACAAAGCCAAGCUGCCUGUUCCCAUCCCCAUAGAGGUUAUCAUGACUGUCAUCGCUUGUGGCGUUUCCUAUGCAUUCAACUUCCGGGUGAUUUAUAAAGUUGAUGUUGUCGGCCGUAUUCCAGUGGGGUAUGAGUCACCUAUGGCCCCGAACAUGCAGAUCUUCGGGGAGACUGCUGUUGAGGCGUUCCCUAUGGCCAUAGUGGGCUUUGCUGUAGCCUUCUCUGUCGCCAAGGUCUACUCAGUCAAACACGAUUACAUCAUAGACGGAAAUCAGGAGCUGAUCGCUUUUGGGGCCAGUAACAUCGUUGGAGCAGCCUUUAAGUCGUUUGCAGCAAGUACAGCUCUCUCCAGGAGUGCGGUACAGGAGAGUACAGGUGGUAAAACCCAGAUUGCUGGGCUACUGUCAGCGCUCAUCGUGAUGGUCGUCACCUUGGCUAUUGGGUUCUUAUUGGAGCCACUCCCAAAGUCGGUGCUGGGGGCGGUGGUCAUAGUCAACCUGAAGGGGAUGUUGAUGCAGAUCAGAGAAGUCCCUUACCUGUGGAGGAGAGACCGGCCCGACUGUGUGGUGUGGGUGGUGACCUGCCUGGCUUCCAUCCUGUUGGGGCUGGAUCUGGGGCUGGCUGUAGGUCUAGGGAUCGAGCUGCUCACCGUUGUCUUCAGGGCUCAGUUCCCACGUUGCAGUGUCCUGGCCAAUAUCACAGGAACAGAUAUCUACAAAGACCGCAAGGAUUACAUGAGUAUCUAUGAGCCAGAGGGUGUGAAGAUCUUCAGGAUACCGUCACCCAUCUUCUUUGCCAAUAUAGAUUUUUUCCGAGGCAAGCUGGUGGAAGCUGUGGGCUUUAACCCAUUGAGGGUGUUGAGAAAGAGAAACAAAGCCCUGAGGACGAUCAGGAAACUUCUAAAGAAAGGAGAGCUGCAGAUGACAUCUAAAGGCCUACUGCUCACCAGCUCUGGUCCCAUUGAGGAGUCUGAGGAUGAGAGCAACAUGGAGGAACUGGACCAGCCCUCUGACUUCAAGGACCUUCCUGUCCAGGUGAACUGGAACUCUGAGCUUCCUGCCAACAUCCAAGUCCCCAGAGUAGACGUCCACAGCCUGAUCCUGGACUUCUCAGCCGUCUCCUUCCUCGACAUCUCUGCCCUCAAGGGACUCAAAGCGGCACUCAAAGAGCUCAUUCGGGUUGAAGUUGAGGUCUACAUUGUGGCAUGUGACGAGUACAUCCUGGAGAAACUGCACAGCUGUAAGUUCUUUGAUGACGAGGUGAAGUCGUCCAUGUUUUUCCUGACCCUCCACGAUGCCAUGCUGCAUAUCCUGGAGAAACAUCCAGUAAACUCUGAAAAGACAAAAGUCUGCGAAAAGGUUAUAACAACAGCCACUAUCCAUGGCAACCAAUGCAAUGGUGUGUCAAGUUUGCGUAGCAGGGACAAAUUUGUGCAUGGUUCAGAGCCAGAAACCAAGUUCUAGUUCCAGAACUACACUCUUAGAUGUCAGUAUUUUAAGGGUUCUUCGACUGUCCCUUUCCACAGAUGGUUCUACAUGGAAACCAAAAGAGUUCUACCUGGAACCAAAAAGGGUUAUAUUUGGAACCAAAAAGGGUUAUCCUAUUGGGACAACUGAAGAACCCUUUUGGAACCAUUUUUCUAAGAGUGUAGUGAUGUGUACGGUACUUUCAUUUCCUGGGAUGGCAUGCAUUUCCUGUGAUCGCUGUGCUUUCUGGUGAUAAUAGACUUAAGGACCCAUGAUACUGUCCUAAAACGGACACCAUACAGUAACCAUAUGUAUAUAGGAUACCACUUAUUGAGCUAAUAAUUGUACAUAAAAUAUAUUUGAUUUCUUUUGUACUGUUAAACAGAUACUCAAUGGCAAUUUUGAAGAUUUUGAAAGAAAUAUUAGAAAAUGUCAUUCAUAUCAUGUAUUUAUUUUCUAAAAUUGAAUCAGAAGUAUUAUUGUUUUUUUUUAAUAGCUUGACAAUGUUGCGUUUUAUAUGUGUACAUAUGGAUUUUAUAGGAAUGUUUACUUUGUUGUAUUUUAUAUGUAAAAUAAAUGUACUUCUUAGCACAAAGUAUUUCCGCCAGCAAGAAAUGAAGCAAUAUGAGCAGUACAGUAUUUGGAAAUCUGAACGUCCUGUAACUGAGAUAUUGAUAAGAAUUAUAGGAUGACUAACAUGGUUUUGAUAUAUUGGUCACAGAUAAAGCCCUGAUAAGAGA